UAUCCUGUUCGUUUGAUCCUUGGUUCAGUGAAUGCUAGAGAGGCCAAAGUUCUAAUAACAUUGACGUCUUGUACCCAAAAUCCUCUCGAGUUUUGAUUCUGCUAUCUGAUUGAAAUAAUGAAGACGCCAUUUGCUAAUGGGUUUUCUUACCGCUGCCUGGCAUCAGCAGCGCCACAGCCGCAGCCUCCACGCUCUCUCCAUAUCCAGCUUCUUCCCCAGCUGCCUGCGCUUCCUGGUGGCGGAAGGUGUUUGCACUCGGUGUAAGCGCUCGCUUCGUCUGGCUUUCCGCGGAUGAGGGAGUAGGGCACAUGGCGUGGCCCAGUCCCACAAUCUUCCUCUCCGAGUGGCUUCACUGCCACUUGGUGCGUCGGCAUUGAGCGGGUCGUGGGUGGUGUGUCGUCUCAACCUCUUCCGCACCACCAACCACAGGCCAUUCCCGUAAAGCUUUCCCCACUACCGCUCGUGCUGAUGCCUCUCAGAUUCCUGUAGCAGAGCUUCUGGAAAACAGGUCUUCGGACGGGGAUCACGGUCCCUGUUCCUGCACCGAUAGACUCGAGUACUGCAGGUAUUGGAUGAAAGCUGCCCAUUGUCGAUGGUUUCAUUCUUUCUUCCUUGGCGUAAUGAUUUCAUAAGCACUCUCCAUUAUAGAAUGUUAACCUGAUCUUGCUAAUGCUCGAACGGAUCAGCAAACAAUUCCUUGCCUCUGGUUCUCCUUCAGCUGCUGAGAGCAUGCGAGGCGAGGAGGUAUCUCCGGUCACCGACCAGUGUGAUACGAGUUCAGCAUUCCUUUUCACUUUGGCACAAAAUGUCAACCGUAUGCAGAACUGGAAAGGUUCUUCUGUUCUUAAUGGGAGGCCAUAGUGGGUGGGCCAGUUGUAGAAGACAGGGUGCGGAAGACCACUGACAUGGUUGUUUGCCCUGUGGUAGGUGGACGUCUACACUUGAUUGCUGUUCCUGCACCUAAGAUUAUUUUUGUGAUGAUUCAAUGGAUAACCAGUGAUGCGGCCACGUAGGUGUGCUCCGGUUGGUUCCUGGAGAUGGGGCUCGUUUCAGUCUCCAGAUGUCCAGAAAUUAUUGGUCGAUGUCGUAGGUGAGAUCACUCGUCCAACUUGAGUUGGCGGUAGAUAAGAUAACCGCACCUUUGUCUAUCGUCGGAGUGGUGGGGAUUGCUUCACAGUCGCUCAUGUAAGAUCGCCUCCGUGUCCUCUACGUUAUAGUUCUAAAAUACCUUACAGACGCCUUAAGAGAGACACGACGCUGUCGUUGGAUACUCACUGACUGUGAGUGAAGUCUCUCCCCAAAACAAGCAAGUUUUAGAUGCGCGGGGGUGGUCUCAAAUUGAAAUUGCAUGGAAGAAGGGUAUAUAAUACACCUUCUAAGCAGAGAAAGGAUAGGGCAGGAUGGAAUGCGUGACGCAGGUGGCAUAUCACUUGCAACUAAUGUGCACAACAGCGGAAGCGCAGAAACUUUGCUUGGGGGGUUGGGGUGCAAAGAAGCACCCCAUGCGCGCCCAUGUGCUCGAGCACCACUCCACAGCUAGUCUUCUUGAUGCGUCGAUCACCAAGGACGACGCCCGCUACCUUCUCCGCCUCUAUAAAUUGCUCCCUCCACUUCCUCGAUCCAUCGAAGGUGGCAGGCAUCUCGAGUCCUCCACACAAGCUUGGUCAUGGGUGUUACUCGCAGGGUCGUAAGCCCUGCGCUGCUGCUGUUGUUGGGUGCGACCGUGUGCUUCGCCUCUAGAGCGCUCCUGGUUGCUCCUCAGGAGCUGCCUUAUGGCGUAGGCCAUGGCAUUGGCGACGUCAUUCCUGGAGGUGGAUGGCAUUUCUUUCCCGGGUAUGGGGCCGGAGGUGAGUUUGGUGGUAUAGGAGAGUAUGGUGGUGGCUACGGUGGCGGUUCUGGAAGCGGUGUGGGCUAUGGAGCAGGUGGUGAGCAUGGUGGUGGUUACGGGACUGGAGCGGGCACUGGGAGUGGAGGCGGUUAUGGUGCCGGUGGAGAACAUGGUGGCGGCUAUGGUGGUGGGGGAGGCAGCGGUACUGGUGUGGGUUAUGGUGCAGGUGGUGAGAAUGGAGGUGGAUACGGGAUAGGAAGUGGUAAAGGUGGUGGAGCUGGUUACGGAGCUGGUGGAGAACAUGGUGGUGGUUAUGGUGGUGGUGGAGGCAGUGGUGCUGGCGUUGGUUCUGGUGCAGGUGGAGAGCAUGGCGGUGGCUAUGGCACUGGAAGUGGUGCUGGUGCUGGAGAAGGCUACGGUGCUGGUGGAGAUCAUGGAGGAGGCUAUGGUGGUGGCGGUGGCUCGGGUGGUGGUGUAGGGUAUGGUGCAGGAGGUGAUCAUGGUGCUGGCUACGGGACAGGAAGUGGUGCUGGUGGUGGAGUUGGUUAUGGUGCAGGUGGAGAACAUGGCGGUGGGGAAGGUGGUGGCGGCGGCGUUGGUUAUGGAGCAGGUGGUGAGCAUGGCGGUGGCUAUGGAACUGGAAGCGGUGCUGGUGCUGGAGGUGGCUACGGUGCUGGUGGACAGCAUGGAGGUGGUUAUGGUGGUGCAGGCGGAGAACAUGACGGUGGUUAUGGUGGUGCAGGCGGAGACCGAGGAGGUGGUUAUGGUGGUGCCGGCGGAGACCGAGGAGGUGGUUAUGGUGGUGCAGGCGGAGACCGAGGAGGUGGUUAUGGUGGUGCAGGCGGAGAACGUGGCGGUGGCUAUGGUGGUGCAGGCGGAGACCGAGGAGGUGGUUAUGGUGGUGCAGGCGGAGAACGUGGCGGUGGCUAUGGUGGUGCAGGCGGAGACCGAGGAGGUGGUUAUGGUGGUGCAGGCGGAGAACGUGGCGGUGGCUAUGGUGGUGCCGGCGGAGAACGGGGCGGUGGCUAUGGUGGUGCGGGCGGAGAACGGGGCGGUGGUUAUGGUGGUGCGGGCGGAGAACGUGGCGGUGGCUAUGGUGGUGCGGGCGGAGAACGGGGCGGUGGUUAUGGUGGUGCGGGCGGAGAACAUGGCGGUGGUUAUGGUGGUGCAGGCGGAGAGCAUGGAGGUGGCUAUGGUGGUGCGGGUGGAGAACAUGGCGGUGGUUAUGGUGGUGCGGGCGGAGAACAUGGCGGUGGCUAUGGUGGUGCAGGCGGCGAGCAUGGAGGUGGCUAUGGUGGUGCAGGCGGCGAACAUGGAGGUGGCUAUGGAGGUGCAGGCGGAGAGCACGGAGGUGGAUAUGGUGGUGCAGGCGGAGAACAUGGAGGUGGCUAUGGUGGUGCAGGCGGAGAACAUGGCGGUGGCUAUGGUGGUGCAGACGGAGAGCACGGAGGUGGAUAUGGUGGUGCAGGCGGAGAACAUGGAGGUGGAUAUGGUGGUGCAGGCGGAGAGCACGGAGGUGGAUAUGGUGGUGCAGGCGGAGAACAUGGAGGUGGCUAUGGUGGUGCAGGCGGAGAGCACGGAGGUGGAUAUGGUGGUGCAGGCGGAGAACAUGGAGGUGGUUAUGGUGGUGCAGGAGGCGAACAUGGCGGUGGCUAUGGUGGUGCAGGAGGCGAACAUGGCGGUGGCUAUGGUGGUGCAGGCGGAGAACAUGGCGGUGGUGGAGGCAGUGGUGCCGGCGUUGGUUAUGGAGCAGGAGGUGAGCAUGGCGGUGGCUAUGGUACCGGAAGCGGUGCUGGUGCUGGAACCGGUUACGGUGCUGGUGGAGAGCAUGGAGGUGGCUAUGGUGGUGGCGGUGGUUCAGGUAGUGGUGUCGGGUAUGGUGCAGGAGGCGAGCAUGGUGCGGGCUAUGGUGCUGGAAGUGGCAUCGGUGGUGGAGCUGGUUAUGGUGCAGGUGGAGAACAUGGCGGUGGCCAUGGUGGCGGGGAAGGUGGUGGCAGCGGUGUUGGCUACGGAGCAGGCGGUGAGCAUGGCGGCGGCUACGGGGCUGGAAGUGGCACGGGUGCCGGAGGCGGCUAUGGUGCUGGUGGAGAACAUGGUGGCGGCUACGGCGGCGGAGGGAAGGGGUAUCCCGGCGCAUAGAUUUCCGGACACCGAAGGCUGUCUAAUGUUCUACGAUAAUAAGGCGGUAUUCACCCAUUCUGGCGAGCCUUUGCGCUAUGGAUAUGUGACCGCAUUGCGCGUGGGAUUUGAUAGAUAUGGAGUCCAUCAACAUGAUGUGCUGCUGCUUCUCGAGGAGUUGCUCGUAAGCCACGAUGGCUACAUCAAUGUACUUGUUUAGAUGUCUUCAGUAUCUCGUAGUAAUGGAGCUUUAUUAUCGCA